AUUAAGUCGAGAUAAAAUUGCUCUAUAUUGGUAGAAAUGGAUGUUAAAGCCAAUCGGAAGUCGCAAAAAUCUAUAGUUCACGUUACAUAUAUUAUAGAAAUCUUUCGUGGAAUUCCAGUGGCACGGAUUUCGAGCCAUCAUAGACUAUAUGCUAGCACUUGCGAAGACAUGUAGGAUGAAAACAAAAGUGUCAAACAAUUGUCAAAUACUCAUGUUUGUAAAUCGGCCGUUCUGACCGGGAUCGCGACAACAUAAUUUAAGUGUAAAAUGGCUGAGAAUGAAUUUGUAUCCGACGGUGACGAAUGUCUCGUUACGGAGGCUAUUAAUUUAGAUAUCGAGGAGUUAGAUAACAUGGAAUAUGCCAUACCGAUCGUGGAAGAAUUACCCACUUUAGAAAGUAUAUUGAUGGAACCUGAUUAUGAGUCACUGUCGGAAACUGAGGAUGACAUUGGUAUACCGUUAGGAGAGAAACUUGGUAGCAGCGAGACAACCAGCAUUGGCAGUCACCUGUCACUGAAUUCGUUAAAUAAAUCCUCCAAGGCUACUCAGAGAUCAUCCUCGGGUGUUAUCUUAAGGCACGUCAUACUCAAAGGAAUAACAUCACAAAUUGUAUCGGCCAAUGAGAGAGUCAACGCUGGUUUGGCUAGCGCAGUUGCAGCUGGAGGGAAUAUGCUGGUGAUCGGAACCAGUCAUGGUUUAAUAUUGGGUUUUGAUUCCUCACAAACAUUGCGAUGGUGUGAUCAGGAGGCGAGACAUCAGGGUUCAGUCUCGGCACUUUGCUUCAACUAUGAUGGCAGCAGAGUGUUAGCAGGUUUUGUCAGAGGACAUAUCUUGAUGUUGGAUAGCAGUAAUGGAAAAGUUUUGAGGAUUCUCACUGAUGUACAUCCACUCGACACUGCUGUAUUACAUGUUAAGUUUACAGAUUCACCGAAAAUAGCCUUGUGUAGCGACAGUGGUGGGUCGGUGUUCGAAUUAAAUUUCACUAGAGUGAUGGGUGUACGAGGUUGCGACAGUAGGUGUUUGUUCAGUGGCUCAAAGGGAGAAGUGUGCACCCUAGAGCCUCUAUUAUUGAAUCACUUGCCAUCACAUCCACUGAAGAAUUAUACAUUAGUGGCAAUGGCAACAUUGUCGAAGGUGAUUGUAGUUUGCAUAAGACCGCGAAUGCGCGUUGUAUUGAGUCAUCCGUUAACUGGUGCCCCGACAGCACCGCCCCAACUGUCUUGGCAACUGGUUGUCAUACAGACGGCUGACGGAUCUCGUGUAAUCGAUCCGGUAUUGGCGCUCGCCAGGGACAACGUGGUCUAUUUUUAUCAAGUGUACACCGAAAUCGGUACGCGGAUAAAGCUCUCUCCUCUUCGGAGAAUGACACUACCGUACAUGAUAAGCAAUCUGAGAUGGUUAAACCCAAGAGCUCUUGUGGUAUUGGAUGCUCAAGAAAAAUUGCAUUUGUUAGACGUAAGGGCGCAGGAUAAUUUGGAGACGUUAGACAUGAGUCGCGUUGGUAUUUCUUAUGCCUCUAGUCAUUUUAAGGGAUUAUCUACUGGUGGAAAUGUUUCCAAGGCGAUGGCGUUGGCCGGCGAACGGGCAUGCUACAACACCGUUGUAGUCUUCGGUACACAACUGUUAUUAUUAGGUACAAAGAGUUUACAUGUGAUAUGUAUGAGGACAUGGACUGAAAGAUUGCAGCAUCUGAUAAUGCAGAAACGCUUCCCCGAAGCUUUAGCAUUGGGUCUUUCUUUUUAUCAAGAUAAAGGCAAGGCGGUUAUCGGUCUACGAGGUUCUAAGCAACGUCGCAAACAAAUAGCGCGUGAUAAGGUUUGCGAAGUAUUGGUACAAUAUAUGGACGAAUUGAAUCAGUGUCUCGUCGACGAAAAUAUAGACUACGAUAUGAUAGUAUUAACUUGCGUCGAUUACUGCAUUCAACUGGAAAAUCUGGAUCUGUUGUUCGGAAAGUUGUGGGACAUAGUUUUCGAAUCGGAAGGAUUGAAAACAAGUUAUUUGCACGCUCUCGAAGUUCCUCUGCUGGACGGGAGUCUACAACCGCGACUGCCGCCAUUAAUCGCCCAGCAAUUGGUCACUCUUUAUGAUCAAGAAAACAAAGUAGAUACGUUGGAGGCGAUCGUGGUUCUGCUCAACGUGGAUUGCUUGGAUAUUCAUCAAGUAACAACAAUUUGUCGUCAGCGAGGAUUGUGGGAGGCAUUGAUUUACCUCCAGACAACAGCCUUGGGCGAUUUUACAGCGCCUAUUCAUCAAUUGGUACCGGUACUUCAAAAUUUAUUACAAGAUUCAAUAGCCGCCCUUUCUCGAGAUUGUAUAAAACUCGGCAAUGCCAUUCUGGUUUAUACCAGUUGCUGUCUCGCUGGUCGCGGAUUUCCCAAAGACGAGCUACCCGAAGAUAUGAGGCAGAAAGCAAAGGCGGACAUAUUGAGAGCCCUGUUAUCUCAGCAUUCCAGUUUAGCGAAUGACAUGGAGAGACAGUAUCCGUAUUUGAGGACGCUACUGCAAUUCGACGCGAAGGGCUUUCUCGAUGUUAUAGCCAUCGCUUUUCAAGAACCAGAAUUUACCUCCGAGAUGGGCCUUCGGCAUCGACAAAGACUCAUAGAUAUUUUGUUGAGCAUUGUUAUGCCGAGUACGCCACUUACUCCGAAAAGUAUUGAUUAUAUCACAAUUGAACAACAGUUCAUGGUUCUAACGUUCGUUGCGAACGAAGUGUCCGAGAACACGGUUACGUUAGAGUCUAGUACGUUGAAUAGAAUGAUAGAUGUAUUGUGUAUCGACUCGCAUGUAGAACUGUUGAAGGAUUUUAAGACUGAAAGGGAAAAUGCUGUGUUGGGAUUGCUGAAUUCUAAAAAGCUGUGCAAUAUUUCUGAUAAUACUUUGUUAAAUUUAGCGAAUAGAGCUAACUUUAUAAGAGUCGCGGAGUUGCUGUACAGUGCGCGAGAGGAUUGGGUGGAGGUAUGUAAAUGUAUGAUCCUGGAGCCAUCCAGGCAUCACGAUGUGUGGCCUUGGCUCGAGCAUCUGCCAGCUGCUUCGUUGAACCAAAUCGUAUCGGUUCAUGCUUCAACUCUCGUGACGAUCAACGCCAAUCAGUUCGCCAUAAUUAUUGCGUCACGAUUGCAAAACAAGAUUGACGAUACACUACGGAAUCUCAAUAAUUCGAGCUUGGAGUACAAGUUGCUAGGAGCAUUGUAUCAAGUCGCGCAGUACAAAGAGGAGGAUAUUUCUCUGGAAUUAACGACUGAGCAUUUAGAGAGAUAUCUAGCGUUGAUGUGUGAAUUGGAGCCAGCGCGCGUAGUUGCUCACUUGCACGGGUCACACGGAUGUAGGCUAGACGAGGCAUUGAAGAUUGUCCAGAGAUGGAAAUGCAAAGAUGCGGAGGCAGUGAUGCUGGAGAAACUUGGCAAUUAUCAGGAUGCGUUUGAUCUUCUGCUAAAAGAGUUUGAGGAUCGAUUGGAGAUGUAUCGGCAAGACAAGGUCUCGGAAAGUGAGACAGUGCACGCUGCCGUGCAACUCGCUGGAAUAUGCCGGAGAUCGGCAGGGAAUGUUGAUUGGAUGCCCCUCGUAGAAGCCAUGUUCCGACCGCAAUCGGAAAAUAACAGGCAGAAGAUGAACAAGUUAAGUGGCAAAUUGUUGCGAUUGAUUUUAGAGUCUCUGAGUGGCACGUCAAUACUGUCGAAUAUAUUAGAGCAGAUUCUGAGGAAUCCUUUAGCGACCAGUGGCACGAUGGGCGAUAUACGACAACUAUUGUCUGGAGUCCUCACUCAGUCACGAUAUGAGCAAACCCUAGUUGAAACUACCGCGCGAUUAGUGAGCUUGGAGCUUCAUAAGGCUCUGGAAAAAUCCUUGAGGGACGCUGGUAGAGGAUGUGGUAAUGUUUCCGUGACUUGCCCUGUGUGCAGACAGCCAUUGUCGCAUUGCUCCGAUCACGUAGUAGUGUUCAGCUGCGGUCAUGGAUAUCAUUCGACGUGUCUAGGCGAGCCCAAGUCGUGUUAUAAAUGCUUGAACAUGAAAGGAUGGGCGCCCGUCGUCACCAACGUUACGCACGCCGUCCCACAACCUCCGCCGAGAAAGAAACAGCUUCUCCCGCCGGAAUUCCUACGUCACAGAGACCUCACGUUAAGACUGGCACCAUCCUGUUCUAUCCCCGAUCUCGAGGGCAUCUUUUAAAUCUAGUCUUCGACUAUUGAGCGCGACGUGCGCAUUUACGAGCGGUACGUAUCUUCAGGAUACCAAAAUGAACGUGUAUGAUGUAUUAUACAUGUUACAAGCGGCCCGUACGUGUUGUAUAGCACCGGAGAGCAAAUUCCAUUCCUUGAUAUUUUGUUUGUUUUAAUGCGCGUUGAUGUUUAUGACACGUUGCCAAAUACAAAUUAUAUACUGAAAUACAAAG